AUGCACCUUUCGUAUGAAACUCUCCUGCAAACAACAAACUUGCUCCCAAGUCUUGUGUACGAAGCCUUGCGCCGGCAGAGUGCUGUUGAACAGAACAGGGGGACUGACACUGCAGAGCAGCAGCAGGAGCAAGAGCAGCAGCAGGACUUCGUGCUGCGGCACCGUGCUCCCCAACAUCGUCGCAUCCAGUGCCUUUCUCCAGCCGGGAAGACUCGAAGCAGCAAAAGACUAGCGCUCUUAGCGGAGAAGAAAGCUGCAGAAGCAGCAGCAGAAACAACAACGGCAACAACAGCACCAACAGCAGCAACAGCAACAGCAGCAACAGCAACAGCAGCAACAGCAACAGCAGCAACAGCAACAGCAGCAACAGCAACAGCAGCAACAGCAACAGCAGCAGCAGCAGCAGCGGCGGUGCCGGCGACUAUAAGGUUUUCGAAGCCAAAACAUUUAACCCUCCCUCCAAAAACGGAAAUCGCAAAGACACGUGUACCCCAAGCAGCUGCUGCAGCACCAGCAGCUGCAGCAGCAGCAGCUGCAGAAGCAGCAGCUGCAACAAAAGCAGCCAGCAGCUUCACUGCACCAGCUCCGUUGCCCCUAUCCCAGAAGCAGCAGCUGCAGCUUCAUCUAGAGCUGAGCAAGCAGCACGAAGGAGUGCUGCAGGCCCUGUGUUCAGUCCUUGACAGCCAACUACAGAGCAGCAAAUCCAGACAGCUGCAACCACAGCAGCAGCAGCAGCAGCAGCAGCAGCAGCAGCAGUAG